AUGUCCUCCACCCCCGUCACCGACUCCAAAGCCCAAGGCCAACAACCACCCCUCAAAUCCUACCGCGGCAACUGCCACUGCGGCUCCUUCAUCUUCACCAUCCUCGUCCCCGAGAUCGUCUCGGUCGAAUCCUGCAACUGCUCCAUCUGCCGCAAAAAGGGGUAUCUCUGGGUGAUCCUCGACACCAAUCAGGGCCACAAGUUGGAGGUCGUGAGAGCGAUUCAGGAGUUGAAGAUUUGGGAUUUGGAGGUUAAGGAAUUCGACGGCAAAAGCAUCGGACCCCCAUACCAACCAGCUCCCUUUGACGGGCUCGAACCCAAGGCCGAAGUCGAGAAUGGCGUCGUCUACCAUGGCUCUUGCCACUGCGGCGCCGUGAAGGUGGCUGUCAAGACUAAAGGCCCGUUGGAUAAGACGUUCAAGGAGAAGGUGAUGGAGUGUAAUUGUAGUAUUUGCCAGCGGGGCGGCUGCAUCUGGACCUACCCCACCUCCCCCUCGCAAAUCUCCUUUUCCGCAGGUUCCAGAGAAAACCUAACCUCGUACGCCUGCCUCAAAAAAGUCAUGUGCAAGACUUUUUGCAAAAAUUGCGGCGUGCCGCUUACCAACGAAACCAACGAGGCCAUGACGGAGGAGAUUAUCCGGGCCACGAUGUCUGACCCCGAAAUGGUGCUCAGGUGGAGAAACGUGGUUUGGCCGAUUAACCUCAGAUGUCUUGAUUUGUGCCCGAGCGAUGAGAGCUGGAGUUUUGAGGAGAAGGUGAAGGAGUUGACGAUUGAGAAGGGCGAUGGGUGGGGGAUGGUGAAGCCUGGGUAUGUUAAUCCUUGA